GCAGACUAUUGCAGAGAGAAAUGAAUUUCUGUGUUACCAACAUGCUUUACGACAAAGUGCUGGAGAUUAACAAGUCCAGGACAAACUGGGCUUUACGAUUGAGGCUGAUUCGAGCAUACACUAUUCCAUCUUUCAGUAACAAAAGUAUCACGAAUACUUUAGAGUGUGUCUUCCAUGAUUCUGGGGGGGACAGAGUGCAUGCCACAAUACGUCGUGAGAGAGUUAUGCAUUUUAAAGAAAGUCUCAAGGAAGGACAAUUGUAUAGUGUUAGGAACUUCAUUGUGGCACCUAAUGACAUGAAGUACAAGACAACAACACUAGCGUACAAGAUUCCCUUCAACCACAAGACCACGGCAGUUGACAUCAUUGACGGAAACUUUCCCACUUUCCUGUUCAACUUUAGGCCAUUUGUCCAGCUUGCAUAUGCAAACAAUGUUGACCAAUCCGAAUUAUUUGAUGUCAUAGGUAGCAUCAAGUCAAUUCACUACCCUAGACCGCAGGAGUUCAAUGGUGAAUGUCAAAAGUUGUGUGAAAUAGUCCUAGAAGACACUGGACAACGGACUCUAAAGUGUACAUUGUGGGGCCCAUUUGUUGAUGUGAUCAAAGAACAAGUUAAAAACACCCAAAUUUCAUGCUGACCGCAAUUUUGUUUGUGAAAGCAAAAGUGUACAAAGGGGAGUUUUCAGUUUCAAAUUCUUUUUUCGCUACCAAGUUGAUAAUCAAUGGCAAAGACAAAGAGCUCAAUGACUACAAAGACAAGAAGAUUCAACGUGCAUGGAGACGACGGCUUCACAGGAACCGCAAUUGUGAUCACUUCAUAGGAAACAGAUGAAGUGAACACAAACAACAAUGAUAUCAUUCCUAUUGACACCCUUUUCGAGAAAGACUUGGUUGGACGUUUUUGGAUAGCUGGAGAGAUCAUAGACGUUGACGUUGGAGAAGGAUGGUGGUACUUAGCCUGUAAGGACUGUGCUAGAAAAGUUGCACCAAAAUGCGACAAAUUUGGAUGUCUUAAUCCAAAUUGCAAAAACAAUGAAGAUGUCAUCAUCAGAAAAACAAUGAGGACGACGACACCCCUAUUGAGAUUUUUAAUUUGAUGGAAAAGAGAGUCGUUUGCUUGGUACAAGUAAACAAUGACAACUCAAGGAAAGGGGAACAUGCUUUUAGUGUUGUCAAGGUUAAAAGUGAAGGUGAGGCCAGUUCAAAACAAGUUGGGGAGUGUGAUGAAGCUACUACCUCCAAGGUCACACCAACACAAACUACGGAUAUGCAAAAUGGGGUUGAUGUUUAAACCAGAAGCGACAAGGAGAGUGAAGGAAACGAUGUAGGUCCUAUUGACCUGACUACCGACAUUACUGAUACUAAUGUGUCAGAAGUAUCAAGAGGUAAAAGGCCCGCUAAAGAUGAUGAAGAGAACAAGGUUUUGGCAAAAACCCGCAAGGCAAUUCGUGUGAAGCUCGAGAAGGUUUAGCAUAGAUUCUAGGAUUUCUUGAGGUUAAUCUGAUGGUGUGUGUGCCACAGAUUAGCUCAGAUGUUUGUGUCUAGAUUUCAUUGGACCCUGCAAGUAGAUUUGUGUUUGGUUUCCCUAAGCAUGUGUUUACAAACACAACAUGUUGUUUUUAAUUUUUAAUUCCCUAAAUUCCGUCUAUUGUAAAUAUUGGGUUAACAACUUAGAUUGGUAUUUGAGUUCCCUAAAUUUAUGUUUCCCAUGACACUAUGUUACGUUUAAAUUUAAGGUUUGUGCAAUACAAGUGUUUCCA